AAUAAUUUCUUUUUAUUUUGUAAUUGUAUUUUUAAUUAUUAAUAAUAUUUAAAAGUACAUUUUUUUAUUGUUUAAUUGUAUUUUAAAUUAAUAAUAAUAUACAUUAUAUUGAUAUACAUACAUAUAUUGUUUACAAACAUUUUUUAAGAAUAACAAUAUUUACCAAUAGACAAAUUUUGGAGUUAUUUUAUUGAAUAAAAUAUAUAACAUUUUUGUUGACAUUUGAUGCGCUUGAAGUUAGAAAUCCUUCAUGUCUAAAGGUAAUGCAGAUUUUCAUUUUCAACUGUUUUUACAAAACAUUUUUUAAACGGCUUUGCCCCCAAUGACAAACAUUUUUUAUUUUUAAAAUUUCACUUAUAUAAAUAAAAAAAUGAAUUUAAAUUUAAUGCAGAUCGUGUAGAUAAAUGAUUCAUUUAUUCAAUCGAAAUAUUUUUAAGACCCAAGUGCUUAAAACUAUUUUUUAAAUUUGAAUCUUCGAUCAACGAAAUUUUCAUCUCUUCCUUGCAAAAACUAUUUUUAUAUUAUAUUUCUUAUUGUACUUAAUAUUUUCGAGUUUUUUUCUUUUCUAAUUAAUUGCUUUAAUCAUAUUAAUAAUAAACUGUAAACAAAAAUUGUAUUAGAUGAGAAAGAAGGAAGAUAUUUUGAAAAACGCCUUUGCCCCACAUAGCGGCUUUGCCCCGCUCUCCCCUACAUUAAAUGAAAAGAUAACUCGUGCGGUGGUGGAAUGCAAUCCCAAUUAUUCGAGAACUGGAGAUUCAGUUAUUUACUGCCGUUAUGGAAAAUGGAUUAAUGAAUUGGCUAUUCGUUGUAUUCAUAAUGAUUGUUUAAAAAGUCCUUUGCACUACAAUUUAGAAAAUGGACAUGUUUACCCAUUUCAUACAGCUAAUUCUGUUAUGGAAUUAAAAUAUAGAUGUAAAAAUAAUAAUUAUAAAUUAAAAGGAGAAGGAUGGUUAUUCUGUAUUGAUGGAAAAUGGUCUAAUCCUCCACCUGUUUGUGAAUUAAAUGAAACAAAAAUUUAAUUUAAUUUGCAAAAAUAAAUUA